AAAAACGGACAAUAAAACCUGUUUUGGCUUUUUAUAAGAAUUUGUAUGGAGUUAAAACAGUGAAAUGAGUCGUCCAAACAUGCGGUCACUCUGGAGGCUUCUUUUGACAAUGUGCGCUUUAAUUCAGAGAAUGCUAGCACAAAAUGAUACCAAUAGCUAUGAUCCCAUAUUUACACAAUCUGCUUACAUGUACAACGUCACUGAGGGACAGUCAGUUGGAACACAGCUUGGCAGUGUAACAGCAACAGAUAAUGAUCAGCCUGGAACACCACAGUCCAAUAUUAUAUACACAAUUUUUCAAUCACCAGAUUCCAAUUUAUUUAAUAUCAACUCAUUAAGUGGACAGCUGACCACAAACUAUGUAUUUGAUUAUGAAGUCAAGAGACAAUACAUGAUAAUUGUAAAAGCUUCAGAUAGUGGAACUCCAAGACGUUUUGCCGUUGUGCCAGUUACUGUAAACAUCCUUGAUGUGAACGACAAUGUUCCAUUAUUUGAAGACACAAGUAGAGAAGUCUAUGUCUAUGAAAACAUUGUCAAUGCUCCAGUUGUUUCUUUGCUUGCUUCUGAUGCAGACAGUACUCCAAGUAUAACUUUUGUUCUGCGUAAUAUUGGAGGGAAUACAGAUUCAGAUUCAUUCAAUGUUCAGACUAUUGGAUACCGUGCCAACAUAACAGUGAAAGGUUCACUGGACUAUGAAACUAAAAAUUUGUAUCAAUUUAUACUCACCACUGUUGAUGGGCAAAAUUCUGCUUCUGUCUUUGCUUCAGCAACAAUCACAGUUCAUGUUCUGGAUGUCAAUGACAAUAAUCCAAUAAUUGGAACCUUUAACUCUUCUGUGACCAUACCAGAGACAGCAUCUGUUGGUUCUGGGCUUGUCACUAUCCCAGCCACAGACAGUGAUUCAACGGCUCCAAACAAUGUGCUGCAGUACAGCAUUAGCAGCACUUCUCCAAGCAGCAAUCUGUUUUACAUUCAGCAGAAUGGUACACUAAUUGUUGCCAACUCUCUACAGCUGGACAGGACUAUAAAUGUUUAUACAGUGAAUGUCCUGGUGUCAGACAGAGGCGAACCAUUUUUAUCAAGCAGUGCUACUGUCACAGUCAACAUAGUCAGGAACAGGCCACCAACAUUUAAUGCCACCAGCUACACAUCAUCUCCAGUGGAUGAAAACACAGGAAUCAAUUCAGUAGUAACUAUUGUUACAGCCACCGAUCCAGACACUGGUGGCCAAUAUCCACAGUUUGCUGGUCUGACCUACAGCUUACUUCCAGAUAGUAAGAUAAUCAGCUUGUUCCGCAUUGAUUCCGGCACUGGUACUAUACGAGUGAACUCUAAUCUUACAACUGUUACAGACAAUGCAUUAGUGCUGAGUGUAAUAGCCAUGGAUGGUGGAGGUCUAACUGCUACAGCUACUGUGACAGUUUCUAUUAAUAGAAACCUGUAUUCUCCUGAAUUUUUAAAUGUGACUUAUGUGAAAGAGAUUCCUGAAAAUUUUGCUUUGGGAGAUUCCAUGGUUCAGCUCCUAGCUCGGGAUUUAGAUGCCAAUAGUCCAUGGAACAGUUUGGUCUACACUAUAGAUAGUGAUCCUCUAGCUCAACAAUAUUUCUUGGUCAACUCAGAUGGAAUACUACGACUGAAACAAUCUCUGGCUUUGACCAACAAUUCUGAUUUCAAUAUGGUCAUAUCUUUGCAAGACAGAGGGACACCACCAAGGCCUGGUGUUAACAAAGCAAAUGUUAAAGUAAUCGUGACGAGAAAUUUGCUAAGUCCAAUUUUCUUUAAUGAAACUUACCGAGUGAUCAUUCCUGAGAAUCAGGGCGUUGCUUCCAGUAUCAUCAAAGUUUCAGCAACAGAUGCUGAUGUCAAGUACAACAAAUUAGUCUAUUCUAUAGUAGGAGAUCAGACCGCUGCUUCAUACUUUAACAUCGAUCCUAAUGAUGGAACUAUUAAAUUAACACAGGCUCUUACUGGCACACCCAUUAACUCAUUUGUUAUCCGUGUUGGGGCCACUGAUGAUGGUCCUAUUACUAGGAGUGGAUCAGCUCUUGUGUUUGUUGACAUCACGAGAAACUUGCAGAAACCUAAUUGGAUCGCAGGCCUCUCGCCAUCUAUUACCAUACCUGAAAACACUGCUUCUGGGACUUCUUUGUACAAAGUAUCUGCCACUGAUGCAGACUCACAGCCUCCCAACAAUCAGAUAGACUACUACAUCAUCUCAGGUGGAGAGUACUUCCAGGCGAACCCGUCUACAGGAGACCUCAGAGUCAAAGUUCCAGUCUUCACGGAUCCAACCAAUGCAUCAUCGUAUCAGGUGACCUUAGUAGCCAGAGACAGAGGCACACCAUCUUUCCAGUCUGACCCAUUCACUUUUACAGUGAGUGUACAGCGCAACUUGUAUGCACCUAGAUGGGUCGGAACUCCUUACAACUUUGGUGUUUCAAUAAAUGUGGCUGACAAUGCUUUGGUACAGACACUCAACGCAAGAGACGACGAUGCUGCUCCGUUCAAUCUAUUGUCAUUUGAUAUCAUUCCAUAUCCUGGAUCAUCAUCAUCUUACUUUACAUUUACUAAUGCUGGAGCAACAUCUGUAGAUCUGAGAGUUGUAAAUGGAAGUAGCAUCAACGUAGAUACUCAAACACAGUAUUAUCUCUAUGUACGUGUUCAAGACAGUGGAUCCCCUCGAAAAUAUGACAUUGCUCUUGUCACUAUUACAGUCAACAGAAAUUUGAAUCCUCCAAGAUUCACUACGAGCACUAAGACUAUCACCAUCAAUGAAAACAAUUCUCUUGGUGGUGCAAUUUCUGACUGUUCAGCUACUGAUAGUGAUCCUGGGCUUAAUGGAGAAAUUAUUUAUUUUUUGGUUUCUAGCCAGCCAGCGUCAAAUUACUUCCAAGUGCUUGAGACCACUGGCAACAUUAUAGUGCAGAGAGAUCUGCAUCUAGACACAUCCAGCAGCUAUGUCCUUUAUGUUGCUGCACGAGACAGAGGCACACCUUCACUUCCAGCUACCUCAACCUGUACUGUGACUGUAAAUGUUGACCGUAACUUGUAUCCACCAGUGUUUGUGGACUUGCCUUAUGACAGAACACUCAACACUGGUGUAGGCCUUAAUGCUGCAGUUGUUGAUGUGAAUGCGACUGAUGCUGACACAGUGAGUCCAUUUAAUAUUGUGAACUAUGAAAUUGUACGUCAGACUGUUGAUGGUGCCUUUGCUCUGAACACAAUUACUGGACUUCUUACAGUCAAUUCAUCUUUAACACAGUCAUCCUACACUAUUGCAGUCAGAGCUUAUGAUGGGGGAAGUCCUCCGUUGUCUGCCUACAAUGUCUUUGUGGUAACUGUCAGCAGAAAUCUUCAGAGUCCACAGAUUCAGGAUCCUGGAGCUGGUCAACAGUAUACAAAAACUGUUGAAGUUCUAGAGACAAUUGGUCUUCAGACUCAAAUCACCAGUGUUUCAGCCUUGGAUGGAGACACUGGCAAUGCUGGUCUAGUCAGCUACUAUUUGGUAGGGAACAAUGCAUCCUUGAUGUACUUCUUUGUUAACCCUGACACUGGAGCAAUCACACUGAGGACAUCAUUGCUUCUUGACACAGCUUCACAAUACACUCUAAACAUCAUAGCCAGAGACAAAGACCCCAUACCAAAAGAGUCUCCCACCACAGCCACUGUCAUAGUCAAUGUGUACAGAAACACAUAUACACCACAGUUUACUACCAACUGUAGUAGAGCAGUGAAUGAAAAUCUGGUCCCUCCUCAAACUUUGACUUCAGUCACUGCCACAGACUCUGACAGACAAAAUACCUUUGAGAAAGUCAGUUACGAAAUCAUUGGAGACGGAUAUGCCCCUGGAUAUAUCCAAUUCAACAAUACAAGUGGCAUCAUAACUCUAACAAGUUCACUGUCUAACUCAGAAGCUGCAAUCCUCUAUCUAAGAGUUCGAGCUUUUGACAAUGGAGUUCCACCUAAAUCUAGUACCACAGUUUGUGCUAUAAGUAUCAACAAAAAUCUGAACACUCCACAGUGGACUACCACACAGUACACUUACACUGUUAAUGAGGAGCAAGGUCUUUAUGUACCGAUUGGACAACUAGCAGCUACUGACGGAGACUCCCAGGCUCCUUACAACACUGUGACCUACUUCUACAGUCCAGUCAAUUCAGUAGCUCUAGAGUAUUUCCGUGUGACUCCUGAUGGGGAAGUCUCUUCUAUUAAAAGUCUGAUUGGCUCAUCUCAAAAUUCUUAUACUUGGACUAUGGGAGUACGUGAUCGAGGAACCCCACCUCUGACUAAUACUGUAACUGCUACAGUGACUGUCAAUAUUCUGAGAAACAACAAUCCUCCAAGUUUCACCAACUGUCCCACUUCUCAAACCCUUCAAGAAAGUGCAGCAGUGGGGACAAGCGUCUUCCAGUUGUCAGCCUCAGACUCAGACCCUCCCACUACAAAAUAUGGAAACAUCACUCUACAGAUCAUUGGAGAUGAUAAUGCGGGCUCUUUUUUUACCUUGAACUCUCAAAACUUUAUUGUGCUGAAUAGAAAUCUUGCUACCGAUAAUGCUACAAGAUACCAACUUCGUGUCCAAGUAGCUGAUCAAGGUUCACCACCAAGGUCAGGUCUUUGUGUUUUCUCGGUGAAUGUGAAUAGAAAUGUCAAUGCACCGCAGUUUAGUCCAGCCUUUUAUAACAUCACUAUUUUGGAAACUCAACCCGUCGCUUCAACUAUCGUAAAACUCACAGCAACAGAUGCUGAUAGAAUAGCUCCAUACAACCAGUUCAGUUGCUCCUUUGGAUCUGAUUUACUAACCACAAAGGGGGCAGACUACUUUACGGUUACAACUGUAAACAAUAUCUGCAACAUCUUGAUAUUAAGAGAUUUGUCUACAGAUUUGAAAACAAACACAAACUAUCUGAUCACAGUACUGGCUACAGAUGGAGGUGGUCUACAGAGCUUACCUGCUACUGUUAAUGUUACUGUGGUUCGUAACACUGCUCCAGUCAUUACAAACCUUGACCGCAACAUCACUAUCAAUUACAAUGCAUCUACUACAGCAGGAAAUGUUAUAUACGAUGUUGACUAUACCGAUCCUGAUACAGUGACCCCAUUCAAUGUAGACACAUUCUCUAUCACUGGGGAAAGUGCUGCACUCAGUUAUUUCCAAAUCAAUCCCAGCUCUGGUGUUGUAAGUCUUCAGCAGUCUCUUGUUGGCUCAGGUCCUGAGUCCUUCAGAGUGAAUGUCAGACUAUGUGAUGGAGGAAGUCUGUGUGACAUUAGGACUCUGGUUACAAAUGUCAACAGAAACUUGUUUGCCCCUACGUUUGGUCAAGCCCAGUACCAAGUAACCAUCGCUGAAGACCAAGCUGUGCUGUCAAGCAUCCUGACAGUGCAAGCUAGUGAUGGAGAUUUAGCUUCACCUUACAACACAAUUACUUAUAGAAUGGUACAAACCAAUGACAGAUUCUUAGUUGACAGUGAUACUGGUAUCAUUCGUGUUAAGUCACCACUAACUGGAGAAAAUAUCACAGGAGUUACUUUUAACAUGGAAGCUGUAGAUGGAGGAAGAUUAGUGAGUGUAUCCAUUACAGUCAUUGUGAACUUUACCAGAGACCAGUACAGCCCUGUCUUCUCCACUGCAAGCUGUGACCAGCCCAUUAGUGCCAAUAUUAACACAGGGACACUUGUCCUGACUGUUACUGCCACUGACAAUGAUACUUUGCCACGUUUCGGAACAGCUUCUGUAAGAUACAGUCUAAUAGGUGAUGAUGGAGCACCUUCUAUUUUUAACAUUGACGGUACAAAUGGGCAAAUAACAGUUCGAAGUGGACUCACCUCAAACAGUUCUGACAUCUAUAAGUUGAGAGUUGAAGCAAGAGAUGGGCUUGGUAAAACAGCUGUAAAAGUGUGUACAGUCACAGUCACUAGAAAUCUAAAUGAUCCCAGAUUUGAUGUUGUUACUUACAAUGCCAGGAUCUUGGAAACUCAGCCAAUAGGAGUUUUAGUCACUCAAGUCAAAAUUGCUGAUGCUGACACAAGUGCACCAAGCAAUCAAGGCAAUUUUUCACUAUCUGGAAAUGCUGAUUGCAUUGUGUACAUGCAAAUCAAUGAGUUUUCUGGAAUUAUUUCAGUCAAGAAAGAUCUCAGGUUGAAUUUAGCACGGCCCACACUGUAUACUUGCACAAUAACAGCCAGUGACAGAGGUGUCCCUCCUCGUAGUGCCACCAACACUGCCACUGCUACUGUUAGUGUGGUCUACAACACUGCUCCAUACUUUGAUAAGGAAGUGUACAUCACCAACAUUUCACGGACAGUUACAGACAACACAUUGCUGGUUACAUAUGCUGUCACUGAUAAUGAUGUUGAUGCCCCAUUUAAUAGCCUGUUUGUGUACAUCUCUGGUGGCAAUGAUGCCAGGUUCUUCAGAGUGGAUAAUCAAUUGAAACAGAUCUUUGUAAAGAACACUGCAGACAUGGCUCUUGAGUCAGAUUCUAAAUAUGAGGUUUUCAUUACUGUUGUUGAUGGAGGCAGUCCACCUUUGAAUGACACAGCUGUUGUCACCCUGUAUGUCUCUCGUAACAUUGCUGCACCAACCUGUGUCAAUCAAAACAUUGUAACUAUCAAUUACACUAAGCCCCUGGGAGUUCCAGUAGUAGUUGUCAAUGCCACUGAUGCAGACCCUGUGCCCCCUAUGAACACAGUGACAUACUCGCUCGUAAACUCAGCCCCCCACGUCUUGCAGUAUUGGCUGAUUGACCCAUCAACUGGUUCACUUUCUCUCAGGGCUCCACUGCCGUCUUCAGGUGUCUCUGGUUUCCAGAUUCAAGUUGUAGCCAGAGAUGGGGGCUUCCCUUCACUGUCCAGCACCUGCUCGGUACAGAUUAAUGUCAAUACAGAUUCUGACAGACUCAGAUUUGAUGUUGAUAAUAGAGCGCUAUCUAUAACAGAAACAACAGGUGUGAACACUGUCAUAGACACUAUGUCUGCAUCACCAACACCUGACAUUACCUUCAGUGUUAUAGGAACGGAUACAGCCCCAACAUAUUUCAGUGUUGUCCCAGGAACAGGACAAGUGACUGUUAUCCGUGACCUACGUAGUGAUCCAGCCAAAAGGUUACAAUACAUUCUCUUAGUGAAAGCAACAAAAACUUUCCAAGUCACCACGCAGGAAGCUACCGGCACGGUCACCAUCAGUGUACAGCGUAACUUUAAUGGCCCUGUUCUAAGCAAGUCUAUCUAUGAGACAACUAUUAACAAUGGUGCUUUCAUUGGAACGUCUGCCAUACAAAUAAGUGCCACAGAUGCAGAUAAUGACACAUUGUUGUACACAGUGCAGGCCCCUACAGCCGGCUCAGACUACUUCAGUGUCAGUGCAACCACUGGUUUAAUCAGCGUAGCCAGGCCACUGUCAACUAUUCCAGUCAACACAACUCAGUUCAAUGUAAUUGUAAGUGAUCAGUCCAUUGUGUCUCCCAAGAGUGACACAGCAAGCAUUAUCAUCCAUAUUGUUGGUGAUCGGCCUCCAUAUUUUGUCAAUGCCAACACUUACAAUACAAACAUCAACUUCAAUCAAGCUGCCAACUCCAACGUUUUCACAGUCACUGCAACAGACCCAGAUCUACAGGAUUCCAUUGUGUAUGAAUCAAACUGUGGUCUACUCUCUGCACCAAGUUAUUUUGGGGUCAACAGCAGCACUGGUUCAAUCUAUCUCAGAUCAAGUUUGACAACUGACCCAUACACCACGUCCUACCAGUUGUGUUUGGUAGCAUAUGACUCUGUGAGGCCCAACAACAGAGCAACAGCAACUAUGACCAUAGGUGUCAACCGUAACCCAAGCAAACCAUCCUUCACACAAACAAAUUACGUUCAAACUGUGUAUGAAACUGCACCAUAUGGUACCAACAUGUUUAACCUAACAGCUACUGAUCCAGACGGGCAAAGUGUUGAGUAUAAAGUGCUGAGUUGGAAUCUCUCCAAUUGUAUCCAGUUUUUCAAUCUGCAUCCCAACACUGGCCAGUUUACAACAGCAGGGAAUCUGUAUCUGUCAAGGAGUAACACACAAUGCACAUUCCAAUUCACUGUCAAUGAUGUGGCCACCCCAAGUCUUAGUGGAGACGUACAGGCCUCUGGUGUCAUUACAUUUGUGAGAAAUGAUUUCACACCAGCUUUCCCUAAUGCUGAAUACACCAUAACCAUUGAUGAAACCUUGGCGAGCUUAUCACAAGUGUUUGAUGUCAAUGCCACAGAUGGUGAUGCUCCAGAGAAACACUUUGGGGAUAUAGAAUAUCUAGCAAUCGGAGAUGAUGCUGCAUCCAAUUUUUUCUCUGUAAAUCCAUCUAAUGGUGUUAUAACAUUAAUCGGCAACUUGAGAACUGACAACACUCCUCGAUUCAAUGUGCGUGUCGUUGCCAGGGACAAUGGCCAGCCUCGUCUAAGUGGCACAACUUUAGUCCAUAUCAAUAUAAACCGCAAUCUCUAUUCACCAUUAAUUAACAACAAUCAAGGAACUAUUAGCAUCACAGUGUUUGAAGAUGAUCCUAUAGUCAAUCCAAUUUUCAGCUUCAACUUUACAGACCAGGACAGUGCUGGCCCACAACAAACAGUAACAUGGGGCAUACAGUUCAACUCUGUUAAUGACCAAAGGUAUUUCACUACCAACCAACAAGGCCAAGUGUAUAUCUCUGUACCUCUCUAUUGGGAUGAUUCCAACAAGACUCCUUACACUUUCACUGUCACAGCGACCAACAAUGAUGGUUCAGGAAAAAGUGGUUCAAUCUCAUGUGCAGUCAACGUGAACCGAAACUUGUUUCCACCACGUUUCAGUCAACCUGUUUACACUGUCAAUAUAAGUAGCUUGAAUUCAGUACCAGUAGGAGUCAUUGCUGGAGUGUCCUCCAGUGACCAGGAUACUUUUGCACGCUAUCAAGUUUUGAUGUAUGAAAUUAUCAAUGAUGGUGUGUACUCUCAACUGUUCAGUAUUGAAAACACAACAGGGCUACUUCGACUGAUUCAACCAAUAGAUGAAAGAACUGAAUGCACUUAUAAGUUUGAGAUAAGGGUUGUAGAUGGAGGGACACCACAUCUGAGUGAUGUAGCCACAGUGGUCAUCAAUGUCAAUAGAAACAUGUACAGGCCAGAGUUUUUAGUUGGCAAUCAGACCCUAACUCUAUAUGAAGAUCAAUCCACAGCAGUGAUCACCAGAGUUACAGCCAAGGAUAAUGAUAAACUUUCUCCCUUCAAUCAAUGCAUCUUUAACCAAGUUACAACAUCGAGCUAUUUUACUACUGACUCAGUGGGUCAAGUAUACAUGAAGAGUUUACUAAAUGUAGCUGGUACUCCAGACAACUUUAUACUGCAGAUCAGAGUGUGUGACUUGGCUCCACAGCCUUUAUGCUCACUACAAGAUGCUUAUGUUUUCAUCAAUCUUAUCCGUAAUCACGCACCUUAUUUCCUGAAUACACCUUAUGUUAGAACCCUACAGACUCUUUCAGUUGGGGAUAGUGUGCUCAACGCUACAGCAAAGGAUGAUGAUGACAUAAGCACAAGAUUUGGACAGAUCAGUUUUGAUCUUAUUGGAGAUGAUGGUGCUGAGAGCAGGUUCUCUAUUGGUAAAACAACUGGCAUAAUCACAGCAACCAAUGGUACUGGAGGAAGUCAGGCUGGUGUAUUUAGAAUUCGUAUCAGAGUGUGUGAUGGAGGUAAUCUGUGCAGCACAGUUGUUGGUAUAGUCAGUAUCAGCAGUAACAUUUACCCUCCUCUCUUGGAUAAGACUAGUUACAUUCACCUGAUCCCAGAAACAAUACCUUAUGGAGAAACUAUCUUCACUGUAACUGCCAUUGCUUCAAACAAUGUUGUGGAAUGUGAGCUCCUGAAUGGUACAUCCAAUGACAGAAGCCUUGAUUGUUUUGCUGUGAACCCAUCAUUUGGUCUGAUCUUUGCCAAGAGAAGUAUCACAGAUCCACCUUGUAAUGGCAGUGACCAAUACAAUUUCAAAGUCCGCUGUAGUGACAAAGGUAGUCCUGUUUUGACCAGCAGCCCUUCAGAUGUCACUAUUACCAUUGUUCGUAAUCAAAAUCCUCCUAGAUGGGAUAGAACAAUUUACAAUUUUACUAUUCUCAUGAAUUUAACUUUGUACUCAAUUGUUGGGAUCAUCAGAUCAACUGAUGCAGACCCUUUGAGUCCUUUCGGCACACUGAGUUACUCCAUCAUAGGAGGUGCCAAUGGUAACACUUAUUUUACCAUCAUCCCAAUAGAUAACAAUAAUGUGAAUGUGAUCUUAUCAAAUACUGUCAUCAACACACUUGAUCAAGACUUCCAGAUUCUAGUGCUUGUUCAAGACAGUGGCCUCCCACAUCGCCAAGACUUCACUGUAGUGAACGUCCAUGUAAACCGUGACCUAAAUCCUCCAUUUUUUACGCAGUCAGACUACAACUUCCAGGCUUAUGAGGAUGACCCUCUUGGUGUAACGAUUGGAACAUUACUUGGUGUGGAUAAUGAUCUUUAUUCUCCGUGGAAAGAUUAUUACUUCAGACUAGUGUCAGCACAUCCUUAUUUCACUAUUAGCCCCAUGGGUGUAGUGUAUGCUUAUAAAGACCUAACAUUAGACAUUAUUUACACUGAAUUGUAUAAUCUUACAGCACAAAUCUAUGAUGGUGGAAUUCCUCCGUUAGCUGGAAGUCAGACAGCCGCCAUUAACAUUAGAGUCUUUAGAAACAGGUACUGUCCAAGGUAUUCAAAUCUGCCCAACAGUAUCACAAUUAAAAGGAACAUAACAGUUGGGACUGUCAUUUACAAAGUGCAGGCUUAUGAUAAUGAUACAAAUAGUCGCUUUAACAGAAACACAGUAGAAGGAUUUAAUGAUAACCUGGCCUUUGACAGCUUUAAUUUUGAUGUUAUGACAGGUGAAGUUGAAGUAAAAGGUACCCUGAAGUAUAAUCAGUACCUGUUGAGAUUCCUAACCAGAGAUGGCUAUUGUGAUCCUACACCAGGUUUGCUGACAAUCAAUGUUGUUCACAGCUUAUCACCACCUCAUUGGUCUAGAAACAAUGACACUAUCACAAUUCUAGAAAUACAGGACACAGGCAGCUCUAUCUACAACUUGAACUCUAUAGCCAGUGAUGUCGACAGUGCAACAGCUAGCUAUGAGUUUGCUCCUGGCAGUCCUAAUACUAACAGAUUUCACUUGGACUCACAAGGUCAUGUUUAUUUGAGUAGGAUGUUAGUAGGACAAACUGGGGACCCAUAUCAGAUUGGCUUCCGACUAAAUGAUGGUAGUUUUAACAGCACUGAUUUCAUACUUACAGUGAAUGUCAUUCGUAACCAUGCCCCAACAUUGAUCAUUAAUCCAGCCUCCAUUUCACUUGAUAGUAGCACAUCUCCGAAUACAGAGGUUUUCAGGUGUACAGGAAGUGACCCAGAUACAGUGGUACCAUUUAGUCAGUUCAAGUUUUCUCUGCUGUCUGACUAUCCAGUAUCAAGUAUUUUUACAGUGGAUCCUGUGACGUGUGCUGUUAGACUUAACAAUUCCUUGAACUUCAAUUCACAAGGCAAUUACACUCUGCGAAUUCAGGUUCUAGAUGAUGGAACUCCCCAACUUGGAGAAAUAAAAAGCUUAAACAUUAGUGUGAACAGAAAUCUGGCUAGGCCUGUUUUUACUCAGACCCAAUACGCUCAGACAAUACAGGAGAUAAAACCUGUAGCAGAGACCAUAAUGGUUAUCACUGCCACAGAUACUGAUGCAUUUCCGCCCAAUAAUCAAGUGACCUAUACAUUGGUGAACCCAGGCCUAAGUGGAGAUUUCUUUGGUGUAAACCCAACAAAUGGUGUUGUGUACUCCAAGAUCUGGCAGGUUUAUUAUCCAAACAGAACUGUUACAUCGUUCAAGUUUGAAGUCAGUGCUAUAGACAAUGGUGUCCCGCAGCUUAAGUCAGCAGAAAAUGCGCAAAUCACCAUCACAGUUGUCAGGAAUACAGCUCCAUAUUUUACAAAUACCAACGGUUACCAUAGAACCAUCCCUAAAAAUUACCCUGAAGGAACCAUGGUGUUGACUCUGACAUUUGAGGAUAAGGAUAUAGAUACUGCUUGUCAAUUGCUAACAUUAAGAAUCAGAGGGAAAGGAAACGCUCCAUCAUUUUUUAGUGUAAAUGAAAAUGGAAUCUUAAGUUUAAAAUUUGGAGCGAAUUUACCUGGUGUGUCUGUGUAUAACUUUACAGUCAUAGUUGAAGUGCGAGAUGGUGGUAUCCCAAGUCUUUCUUCUGAGGCCAUAGUCAAUAUCAGCAUAGAAAGAAAUUUGUUUCCUCCGGUACUAUCUAAUGUGUCCUUACAACUUCUGUCAUCUGCUACGCCAGGAUACAUGCUGACUAGACUUGAAGCAAGUGAUGGAGAUCUGACUGGUCCAGAGGGCACAGUCCAUUAUGAACUAAUCAGUGGAAGUGUUAUCAACAAUAUCACGUACUUUACGUUGAACUCAGAGACUGGUCUUUUAACUUUGUUCGACAACACUAACUUGAACGACUUUGAUACAUUUCAUCUUACAGUCCGUGCUUAUGAUCUUGGGAGCCCACCUCUUCACAGCACAGCUCUGGUAACUGUGAUCAUUCUAGGAGAUAAUUCCACAGUCAUUGUACAGGACUACAAUUGGACAAUAUCAGAGAAUGUGUCCAUAGGGGCAGUAGUUGGCAUCAUUCAAGCUCAACCUAAGGAUGAAGUGACGUACACGAUGGUAGACUCCCUUCUAAAUGCAAGCUACUUUAGUGUGAUGGAAACAAGUGGUGAAGUCAUAGUUACAAGAAAUUUAACUCAAGAUUCAAUAUCUAUUUAUACAGUUAAAGUUCAAGUGACUCGCAAAUCUCAUCAAGUGAUCCAGACAGCCUAUUCAACAAUAGUCAUUACAGUUUUAAAAAACAAAUAUGCUCCAGACUUCAGUAGCAGCAAGUAUGAAGCUUUCAUUCAAGAUACUACCAAUGUUGGGACUGUGAUUUUGGCUGUCACAGCUAAUGAUGAGGAUCAGGAUUCUAUACAGUACUCAUUUAAACCUAAUUCUGGAAACUAUUCAUUUUUUUACCUUCAUCCAACAUCUGGCAUCUUGACUUUGACCACAUCACUUGUCAAUAGUGAGACUGCUAAUUUCACAUUUGAUGUUUAUGCUGAAGACAGUGGUGUCCCAUCAAAAAGUGGUUCUUCACACAUCAAUAUAUUUGUCAAGAAAACUUCAUUCAAUAACAGUUGCCCUGCUGUUGGAAUCAACUUGUAUCCACCAAACAUAAUACCCAGCUCCGACGUUGGGUUUAUUUAUGAGAACUCCCCAAUAGGAUCGAGAGUACUAAAUGAUCAGGCUGCAACUAAACUACUGCAGUUGACUUUUGAAGAUCCAGAUCUGACUUGUACCCCAAAGGUGGAUAUCAGUGUAUAUCCUGACAGCCCAUUCAUGGUUACCCAAGAUGGGUAUUUUCAAGUAAUUGAAGACAUUCUGGAUUAUGAGAAGAUCAAUCACUAUUCUGUUGUGGUGACAAUACAAGAAAAAACUGCUGAGAGGUACUCCUCGUCGAGAAAUAUUACCAUCAACAUAUUAAAUCAGAAUGAUAACAGUCCUGUGAUACAAACAGAUGACAUGAUUCAUUCUGUCUUUCCAGGAGAUUACACUGAGUUGUGUACAUUUAUUCAAUUACAAGCCACAGAUGUUGACUUCAGUCCAGUCCUAUUCACCUUGAACAAGGUUCUACCAACUAAUCCUGCCAUAACUUUUUCUGUCACUCAAAGUGGGAGAGUGAGUUUUCAUGGUUCAAUCAAAGAUGGUGAUGUGUUCACUGUUCAUAUAAAUGCUUCAGAUCUCGGAGUUCCUAGCAAAAGUACUGAAGCUGUUGUUUUUGUCUUGGCAAGUUCUACCAAAACUCAGUUGAAGUGCCAUGCAGGUAAAUUGUAGUCUUUAGUACUUCAAAAACACAUAUUUAUUUCUUAUGAUAAUAUCAUAUCUACCCAGUGACCCUUAAUGUAUGCUAUGCAUGCUAUUGAAAUGUUUUAACAAUGCAUAUCUCAUUUUUUUGGUUUAAUGACAUGAUGUCUUUUAUUUGGUUUACAAAGUAUUCAUGUGUUGGUGUUUAAUGUAUUCAUGUGUUGGUGGUGUUUAAUGUAUUCAUGUGUUGGUGUUUAAUGUAUUCAUGUGUUGGUGUUUAAUGUAUUCAUGUGUUGGUGUUUAAUGUAUUCAUGUGUUGGUGUUUAAUGUAUUCAUGUACUGUAUAGUAAUAGCGUAAAAAUUUUUACUUUGACUGUUUUCUGUUGCAAAAUUCAAAUAUCACAAAUUUGAAAUGUUAAUUUUUAAAUCAAAUUACUUAAUAACUAAAUGUGUUCUUGCAUUUUAUUGUGAUUUUACUCAGAACUAAAUUACCUCCAACUUGACUAUUUAUCAAACUGAGUAAAAUGGAAAAUAAUUAUUGCUUUGUAAUUUAUUGUCAUUACAUAUUGACGCCUACAAUGAAAUUAUUGUCAAACAAAAAGAUAUGAUGCUAAAGAUUUAGUGAACUCUAGUACCAUUCCUUGAGCUGUAAAAAAAAACAUUUAUUUUAUGGGACUUGACAUAUAUAAACUGUACCGAGGCUUUUUUGUGCCUACUACUUUCAACAUCCGAUUUUGUAAAACCAAGUAGGCCUACAAUUUUACUGGCUUUCUGGGUCAGCAAAAGUUUGAAAAUAAUUUUGAGACUUUACUUGCUGCCAGGAAACACAACACAACAAAACAAAUUUUACGAUGUUUUCUUUCUGUCACCUUUCUGUCACGGUAAGUUGAAUUAAUGUUUAUUAAUUGAAUUAAUGUUUAUUAAUUGAGUUAAUGUUUAUUAAUUGAGUUAAUGUUUAUUAAUUGAGUUAAUGUUUAUUAAUUGAGUUAAUGUUUAUUAAUUGAGUUAAUGUUUAUUAAUUGAGUUAAUGUUUAUUAAUUGAGUUAAUGUUUAUUAAUUGAGUUAAUACAUAUUGAUGCUGCAGGUUUGCUUCCAUAUCUUCCCAGCUUAGUUUAAGGAUAUUAUUACCUAAAUUAUUAAUACUGACACUAUAACAAUUUGAUUCAGUAAUUGGAAAAAAAAAACAACAUGUUUUGUAUUUUUAAUUAACACCAAUCUUCUAGCUGAUGUUAAUUAUAAUAGUAAUAUGAAUACUUUAAUUUAUAUAGCGCUGUUAACAAAUCAUAAUGUAGGCUCAAGACACUGUUUUGAAAAUAAAAUCAACUUAUAUUUGUGUAUGCAAAAUUUAACAAACCAGUUUUUAGAUUAGGAAGUAAAAAGAAAUAAGGAUGUGGAAUCUCGGUUUUAGUUUGUGAUGAAGAAAUAAAAUAGCAGGGUUACAGUAAAAUGAAGCUUAAAGUUGUAUUAUAUUAUAAUAGUUGCAAUUAUACUAAAUCACUUUCAAUGAAGAUUCGCAAAGAUGGUAAAGAAAUCUAGAAAGUUUACAAUAUGGGUAAAAGAGAAAGGAUUUACAAUUAUUUGUAAAAAAUUGUUUUAUUGGCAAUAUAAGUUUGAAUUCUGUUUUUGUAUGACCCUCUUUAUCUUCCUUCUCCCCACCAACACCCUCUCAUCAUCUGAUGUUGUCAUAAAAAAAAAUAAAAAUGACCUUUUAUCUAGUGAUGGCCUAUGCAAUAAUAAUGCAUUUAAUAAGUUUCUUUUCCAUUCUUCUUCUUCUUCUUCUUCUAGCCAACUUUAUUGCUGCUGAGCUGUGAGCUCUUUUGCAGACUGUGCCAAGGAAAAAAAAAGUGUGCCGUUCUCUUCAGUUUCUUCUUUUCCAUAGACAUAAUGAUUUCUUGAAGACACGGCCUAUUUCUAUAAAGUAAGCUGUAAUGGUAAGUAACAUUGUUUGUAUUGAUAUAUUUUAAUAUCUUUUUUUUUUUUUUUUUUUUUAAUAUCUCAGAAAUUUCAGAACAGACAGUUUUAGGUGAGCCUCACAUUGUAGCUAGUUGAGAUUUAUGUGUUUAUGCUUUCUCUGAAAGUGGACAUAUCUAUAAGCAACAGUCAAAGAGGGUGUCAUCUUGCUAGCACAAUUGCUUAACUUUCCAUACAGCUAUUAGAACUGGUGGAUUUAGUAGACUUCAACUGUAUUUCAAGUUGGGACAUUUAUUGUCAUUGCAAAUUACUUUUUUUAAAUGGUUACAUUUUUUACAUGGUCAUUCUAUCUAUUCAUCCAUCAACUUCCUAUGUUUUUUGUGGUCCUUAUGAAACAUGAGGUCUCAGUAAAAAUGGCUGCCUGGUCGUGCGGUUUUGCACGCUGGACUCUCGUUCAGAUUUAUGGAUGGUUCAAACCCUGCCCGCUCCCAUCCCCCGUCGUCCUGCGGGAGGUUUGGACUAGGAAGUAAACUAUCUUCAACUCUGAAGGAACAUCCGAAACAAGUAAAACAUUUUACAAAACAUGUCCCUCUCCUCUGUCUCUUGCUAGUCUUUUAAUGGCUUCCCAGUUCUUCCCUCCCCACUUCACUGUGUGGCCAUGCUGUUUGCUCUAUUUAAUCUUCCUC